GCGCCUUGAGGGAAGAUGGCACCUGCCGGCUGCUGCUGCUGCUGCUGCUGCUACUGCUGCUGCUGCUGUUGGGGCGGCGCUGUGGCCGCCGCGGGCGCCGCCCGGCGCGUCCUAGUGCUGCUGCUGCUGGGGGUCCUGUCCACCGCGUUGUACCCGGGCACCCUGGCCACUGAGCACUACUCGCCACUAUCCCUGCUCAAGCAGGAGCUGCAGCACCGGCAGCAGCAGGAGGCCCCAGCGGGCGGCGGCGGCUGCAUCCCGCAGUCGGGAGACUGGGGGGACCAGUACUCCGCCGAGUGCAGUGAGUCAUCAUUUUUGAACUUCCAUGAUUCAGACUGCGAACCCAAAGGAUCGCCACCCUGUGACUCCUUGCUUUCCCUCAACACUGAAAAGAUUCUGAGCCAAGCCAAGUCAAUUGCAGAACAAAAGAGAUUUCCAUUUGCUACUGAUAACGACAGCACAAAUGAAGAGUUAGCUAUUGCUUAUGUGUUGAUUGGCAGUGGCCUCUAUGAUGAAGCAAUAAGGCAUUUUUCAACAAUGCUUCAGGAGGAGCCUGAUCUGGUUAGUGCAAUUUAUGGCCGAGGGAUAGCCUAUGGAAAGAAGGGACUACAUGACAUUAAGAAUGCUGAGCUUGCUCUGUUUGAACUGAGCCGAGUAAUUACCUUGGAACCAGAUCGUCCAGAGGUAUUUGAGCAGCGAGCUGAAAUCCUGUCCCCUCUUGGACGAAUUAAUGAAGCAGUGAAUGAUCUCACGAAAGCCAUUCAACUUCAGCCCUCAGCACGGCUCUACAGACAUCGGGGGACCCUGUACUUCAUAUCAGAGGACUAUGCAACAGCCCACGAAGACUUUCAGCAGUCCUUAGAACUGAACAGAAACCAGCCUAUAGCUAUGCUAUACAAAGGUUUAACUUUCUUUCACAGAGGACUUUUGAAGGAAGCCAUUGAAUCCUUCAAAGAAGCUUUGAAGCAGAAAGUUGACUUUAUUGAUGCAUACAAAAGUCUGGGGCAGGCCUAUAGAGAACUGGGCAAUUUUGAAGCAGCCACGGAGAGCUUUCAGAAGGCACUGUUGCUCAAUCAGAAUCAUGUACAGACCCUCCAGUUACGGGGAAUGAUGCUGUAUCACCAUGGCAGCUUACAGGAAGCCCUUAAGAACUUUAAGCGGUGUCUACAGCUAGAGCCGUAUAAUGAAGUAUGCCAAUAUAUGAAGGGACUCAGCCAUGUUGCAAUGGGACAGUUUUAUGAAGGGAUAAAAGCACAAACAAAAGUUAUGCUAAAUGAUCCUCUCCCAGGCCAGAAGGCUAGCCCAGAGUAUCUUAAAGUGAAGUAUCUCCGAGAGUAUUCUCGCUAUCUUCAUGCACACCUUGACACCCCCCUUACGGAAUAUAACAUUGAUGUGGACCUGCCUGGAAGCUUUAAGGACCACUGGGCUAAAAAUCUGCCUUUCCUCAUAGAAGACUAUGAAGAGCAGCCAGGGUUGCAACCCCACAUAAAAGAUGUGUUACAUCAGAAUUUUGAGAGUUACAAGCCUGAAGUACAGGAGCUGAUUUGCGUAGCUGAUCGUUUGGGAUCUCUGAUGCAGUAUGAGACACCUGGUUUCCUGCCAAAUAAGAGAAUACACAGAGCUAUGGGCUUGGCAGCUUUGGAAGUGAUGCAAGCUGUCCAGCGUACGUGGACCAACUCCAAAGUUCGAAUGAAUGGAAAAACACGGUUGAUGCAAUGGAGAGAUAUGUUUGAUAUUGCAGUGAAAUGGAGAAGGAUUGCUGACCCAGACCAGCCUGUGUUGUGGCUAGAUCAAAUGCCAGCACGGAGUCUUAGCAGAGGCUUCAACAACCAUAUCAAUUUAAUCAGGGGUCAGGUGAUUAACAUGAGAUAUCUGGAAUAUUUUGAAAAAAUACUUCAUUUUAUUAAAGAUAGAAUUCUUGUUUAUCAUGGAGCAAAUAAUCCUAAAGGAUUGUUGGAAGUUAGAGAAGCUCUGGAAAAGGUACACAAAGUAGAAGACCUCCUUCCAAUUAUGAAGCAGUUUAAUACCAAAACGAAGGACGGGUUCACCGUGAACACAAAAGUUCCCAGCCUCAAAGACCAAGGGAAGGAAUAUGAUGGAUUCACGAUUACUAUUACGGGAGACAAAGUUGGCAAUAUACUAUUCUCUGUGGAAACUCAAACCACAGAAGAAAGGACACAAUUAUAUCAUGCUGAAAUAGAUGCACUUUAUAAAGAUCUCACAUCAAAAGGAAAAGUAUUGAUUCUUUCAUCGGAAUUUGGGGAGGCUGAUGCUGUCUGCAACUUAAUCUUAUCCUUAGUUUAUUACUUUUAUAAUUUAAUGCCGUUAUCUCGGGGAUCCAGUGUAAUUGCUUAUUCAGUCAUCGUGGGAGCACUGAUGGCCAGUGGAAAAGAAGUAGCAGGAAAAAUUCCCAAAGGGAAGUUAGUCGAUUUUGAAGCUAUGACAGCCCCUGGUUCAGAGGCCUUUAGUAAAAUCGCCAAAAGCUGGAUGAACUUGAAAAGUAUUUCACCUUCUUAUAAGACUCUUCCAUCAGUAUCAGAGACGUUUCCAACGUUAAGAUCAAUGAUUGAGGUGCUAAACACAGACUCCUCUCCACGUUGUCUUAAGAAACUCUAGUUACGCUGUGGUAUUUAUACAAGUAAAGGGCCGGACCUCUUGCUUCUUAAGUUAUUUUUUAAAACAUGGAAUUAUAAAAAAUUAGGUCCUUUAUUACUUUUGAUACCAAUUUUUGAUAGGAAUUGAAUACUUGAAAUCAUUUUCUUUACUUUUCUGAACCAUAACAAAAAUCAUGAAAGAGGGUUUUUUUGGGGGGGAAAAGCUACUUGACUGGGAGGGAUGGUGUAUGAAUUAGCCAGUGGCCUGUUGGUUUCCACUUCUAACGUCAUACAACUCCUUCCUUAUAGCAAAAAAUGUUUACUUCAAAAACCAAAAAUUAAUAACUUAAGAUGAGCAAAACCAACAACAAAAUGGGAGUGUUUUCAUUCCUUUAGAGAUUUGGAUAUUUUUCAAAGGCUUUUUUUUAAAUGCACAUUGUGCUAAGAUGUCUUUGACUCGCGUAAGCUCUGCAUUCUGAGUUCUUCACUUUAUUUAAAUUCAGGCAGAUUCGUGGGCCAGCAGUAAGUGUCACAGAGCUCACCGCCAGGAACACUUACUCUGAAUGAUACACACAGUGUUUACCAAUGUCUCAAACACUGAAUAACUGAACCGUGGUUUGGUUUUGUUUUGUUUCUCAUUGUUUGAAAAAAUAAACUGGGGUGAUUUGUGUAAAUCACCAGUUUUUGG